AUGACGCCCCACGGCGCCCCCAGAAGUGUGAAUGACGUCACACAGAGCCCCCCCCCGUUGCGGCCGACUGACCCUAAGGAGGGGCCAGAGAUCAGCUGCUGCCCCGGGCACCAGCUUCCGGCCCGGGCACCCGGCCGGCACAGGGUGUCCACGCCCGCAGCACCCCAGCUGGUCCUGGAAAUCUCGGCCCCGGGACUGGUAAUAUUCCGCCGGACACACAGACUCUUUCUUUCCUCUGUAGAGUCGGAAAAGGCCAGAAGUGAGGCCGUGGAGGUGCAAGUGAACGGGAAUCUUCUCACAGAGUCCGACCAGGUGGACCUGGACGACGGCGACAAGACGGCCCAGCUGAACAUGCGAGGCGUCUUCCUGCACGUUUUCGGGGAUGCGCUGGGCUCGGUGAUCGUCGUCGUGAACGCCUUGGUCUUCUACUUUUCCUGGAAGGGCUGCCCUGAAGUGGGGUUCUGCGUGAACCCCUGCACUCCCGACCCCUGCAGGGCCUUUGUCAAGAUGGUCAACAGCACCCAGGCGACUCUUGGGGAGGCGGGCCCCUGCUGGGUGCUGUACCUGGACCCCACGCUCUGCCUCGUGAUGGUGUGCAUCCUGCUCUACACCACGUACCCGCUGCUCAAGGAGUCCGCGCUCAUCCUGCUGCAGACCGUGCCGAAGCAGAUCGACAUCAGACACCUCAUCAAAGAGCUGCGCGCCGUGGACGGCGUCGACGAGGUCCACGAGCUGCACGUGUGGCAGCUGGCCGGGAGCCGCAUCAUCGCCACGGCCCACAUCAAGUGCGAAGACCCGGCGUCCUACAUGCAGGUGGCCAAGACCCUCAAAGACGUGUUCCACAACCACGGCAUCCACGCCACCACCAUCCAGCCCGAGUUCGCCAGCGUGGGCUCCGGGCCGGGCGUGGCCCCCUGCGAGCUGGCCUGCAGGACGCAGUGUGCGCUGAAGCAGUGCUGCGGGACGCUGCCUCCGGCGCCCGCCGAGCAGGGCGGGGAGAAGGCCCGGGCCGUGAGCAUCUCCUGCUUGGAACUGAGCGACCAGCUGGAGAGGAAGUCUCGGAGGACUAAGGUGGACAGCGUCCCGGCCGUGGUGAUCGAGAUCCAGAACAUGCCCAGCGCCCAGCCCGAGUCGUCUCUGUGAGGCCCGAGGACGAGGCGGUGCUUGGCUUCUGCUCCCGGGCGCCAGAGGGCAGAGACUCCGUUGGGAUUCUGUCUGCCACGUCGUGGCUGGACGGCAGCCCUCGCCGGCGCGGCGCCUCCCGCGUCUGAGGGCGGAGGGGCUGCCCUCGGCGCUCCGGGGUCCGGCCGGCGUCCAGCCCCGGCACGAUGUUACAUUUUUGUUUGAGGGAGCGUGACCCUUCUAGAACAUGAUGACGUUUGAUUUCCAGUUUCUUCCACGGUGAACGAUCAAUUAGGGGGUGAAAUAAAUUUCGAUUGUUACUGGAAUUGCUCGGCUUCGCUUCCCCCGCUUUGUUGAGCCGCGGCCGCCAGAGCUGCGACCCCCGAGCUUCCAGCCCCGCGCCUGCCUCCCGCGCAGGCUGGCGGUGCCACCGA